AUGGACGCCUACGGUGGCGAAAACGAGAUAUCCGACAUGGCGUCUACAUCGCAGAUGACGCUCCAGAAGUGUGCCUCGUUUGAUGCGGCCUCUAUACGCAACUAUGCAUGCGAUUCUUCUCCAUAUCUCAGCGUGCCUUCACGACGUGACUUGCGCCGCUCAUGGACCGGCAUUUCCCUCCCCACUGACAAGAGCACUACACGCCACUCGUCCUCUGACGCACAUUUUCUGCUCGCCAAGCGCCCUUCGCGCCCCUCGCAAGAUCUCGCGGCCUUGGCCAAGCGGCUAAAGGCGAGAGUCAGUGUCGCGGAGUUGAGUGCAUAUGCGCCUUCUGCGCAGUUCUACCCCUCGUUGCAAGACGAGAAAGACGCCGUGCCUUUGCCUGUGGAAUGCCCACCGGCAUCCGAUGUUAUGACUCCCCAUUCGCUACUAUUUUAUCGGCCAGCAGGAACUGACAGCACCGACGUAACGCCCAGCUCCUCUUGGUCAUCUUGUACCAAGUACAGCUCAGAUGCAGACGACUCUGCCGGCACCGUAUCCACCUCGAUUGAGUCUGAAGACACGGACGGGUCGGGAUCAAAAACGGCCCUCGCAUCGUCAUUGUCCGACACAAGUACCAUUGGCAUGCCCGACGUGAGCGCAUUGCGCCUCUAUACGUCUUUUUCUUCCAGCGAGAAACUAGGCAAGCCUGGCCCAAUGCGCCCGAGGAGCAAGAGCGACGUGAUGCCGCGCCCCGAAUCGCUCGCUGACAUGUUCGGCAAGUGUUUGCAAUGCGCACACAGGAACGAGCAGCAUGACGAACUUACACCCUUUCACACUUCGCCGGUCGCCGAAACCGAAAACAAGUCGGCGGCUGCCUCGGCGCCUACGUCGCCACUGACAUUGCCCAAUACGCAAGUGGGCUACAACCCAUGGAUGGAUACUGACGACUCGGACAAAGAUUUCUCAGCGUACAUAUCUGGUAUCGGAAAUCCUAUCGACCCCGAUAUUGAAUUUUCAUCUGUCAUGCAGCUGCAAACCUUUCGCAUCCACAGCAGGAGCAGAAGUGUCACACGAGGCGACUGCAGGGAAGAGCGCCGCCAAAAGCAACCGUCGUGUCUCCCUUCUUGCAAAGUGCUACCGUUUGCCGCCUUGCGUCAUUCUUGCGCCUCUCCGCGUCCACCAUUGCUGAAUGUACGCGACACGGACAUGAUUCCUCCGCUCGCUGCACUGGGCUCCGCCAUAUGCAACCCAGGCUACAACCUUCGGUCCAGCAGAUGUGCGUCACCGAGUCGCUGCGAGGAUUAUGCUGCUUUGCUCGACGCACCGCCCGCGGUUACGCCGCCGCCGGAUGCCUCGCUCGCGGCUGAUCCUGCAUUAGGCGCAAAAGAGCUUCAUGGACUGGGACAGCGCGACGAGAAUGGCUUCCGCACUGUUUACUCGCGCCAGCAGCUGAACCAGGCACGCCGCAAGCAGCAGCCCCUUGCCAACGCUUCGCGUCUGCGCGUUGAUGAGCCUGAACCGCUAGCUCUUGAAGCAUUUGAGGACGACCUUGCAAAGGAGGAGGAACAUCACGACGAAGACGCACGAGGCCGUUCGCCCCGCCGCGGUCGUGGACGCAGCGUAGCGCGUGUUACGCCGUACAAGGAGCCUGCGAGCCAAGCUUCUUUUGCCAAAAAAGGAAGCUCUGUAAUCGGCCUCGCUGGCGAGCAUCGCAGCUCGCUUCCGACCCGAAAAGGCGUGCGCAGCGACCGCGGACGGCGCCGCGAGAAUGUAUUGUAUUCUGACGCGGUAUUAGGAUCGCGCACGACGCACAGCGCCGACGCGCGCGAGAGUAGGCGCGGCCGGCGAGGUGCCGUCAAAGCGGUCACUUCGCUAGAAAGCCCCGGAGCGUCGAGCGAUGUUGCACCUGAGUCAGCUGCAAUGGUGCGCAGUUCGUCUUUGUGUGAUGAGCGUGCCUCGCUCACACGGCCUCGUCUACUGAGCAAUGGCGGCCAUUUGCUUAUGCUGAGUUUGGAGAUUGCCAUGAUUAAGAACAACAAGAUCCAUGCGCCGCUCAAGCAGCGCUGGGGCAAACGCAGAGACGACGAUUUCCGUCCCAUCCCCGACCAUCUUGCGCAAACCAAGAUGCUACUUUCCCGUGCGCAUCGCCGCGAGCUUGCCGCGGAGGAUGAGCUAAUGUGCGGCGUGGGGUCUAGCCUUAAAAAUAUCUGGAUUCCAUGA